AUGUCUGUCUAUUCGGACUCACGAGUGUCGCUGAGUUCUUUUGUUCCAACUUCUAGGGCUGGUAGCAGAUUUCCAAGAACAGGGAGGCCAACUACCACAGCCACCAGCGUUGCAUCCCAGGAUCUCAUCUGCGCUGUCAGUGAAUCGCGGGGCGUCUCAUCGACCAUUGGCCUCGCAUUUGUCAAUCUUGCGACAGCUGAAGCAGUACUCUGUCAGAUAUGUGAUAGUCAAACUUAUGUCAAUACAAUUAUCAAGAUCGGUGUUUUUGAACCCAGCGAGAUCCUUUUCAUGAACACUGCCAAAGAGUCCAAGUUUCGAUAUAUCAUCCAAGAGAACUUACCUGAUCCAAUGUUUACUUUCCUCGACCGCCGAUGCUGGUCUGAGAAGACAGGUCAUGAAUAUAUGGACCGAUUGGCCUUUUCAGAAGAAGUUGAUUCGCUCAAGGUGACCCUGGGCGGGAACUAUUUCGCAGCCUGUUGCUUUGCUGCUGUUCUCAAGUAUGUCGAGAUUGAACUACAGCGAUCUUUCAACUCUCAUUCUCUACGCAUCCGGUUCGAACCAUCCCAGGGGUCAAUGACUAUUGAUUUGGCGACUAUCGUAUCACUCGAACUCAUCCAGAACUUACAAAACGCGAAGUCUCGAGAAAGUUUGUACGGUCUGUUGAAUGAGACCUUGACACCCAUGGGGGCAAGGUUGCUCCGAGCUAGCAUUCUACAACCAUCGACCGAACGAGUGAAAUUGAAGGCCAGAUACAAUGCCGUUGAAGAUUUGUCGACCAAAGAGGAUAUGUUUGUAUCUGUGAGACAGGCUCUCAAAGGCAUCAUUGAUGCAGACAAAGUGUUGGCUGCAAUCAUAUUGGUUCCAACCAAGCGAACAAUGCAAUACGUGGAGCAGUCCGUCAACUAUGUUAUCAUGCUCAAAACUUAUGUUUCGGCAAUCAAAAAUAUCUUCCAAGCGCUUGCGACGGCACAAAGUGAUCUUUUAGUUACCAUACGCGAACUUUGUGCUCCCGAGGGACAUCAUGCCAUCGAGGAGCUCAUGGACACCACAUUGAAUGAUCAUGUCACUUACCAAACAAAGCCACUCGAUCUGAGAAACCAGCGCAUUUACUGUGUCAAGGCCGGUGUCAAUAGUCUUCUUGAUGUUGCCAGACAGACCUACAAGGAGGCAAAUUCGGAUGCCGCCGAGCACGUCAAGAACUUGUCAGAGAACUGUGACAUCGUUCUCGAUUUGAAAUAUGAUAUUGCCCGUCAGUACUACAUCUCCAUGCCAGCGGCAGAACCAGGUCCCCUUCCCGAUGUCUUCAUCAACGUCUACCGCAAGCGAAACCGCGUUGAGUGCCAGACGCUAGACUUGGUCAAACUCAAUCAAAAGAUCACUGAUGCCCAUAGUGAAGUGAUUAACAUGAGCGAUCGCACAAUCCAGGAUCUCCUUCGCGACGUGUGCGACCAAGUAUCUGGACUUUUCCGAGUCAGCGAAGCAAUAGCAAUGCUAGAUAUGCUAGCAUCAUUUGCCCAACUAGCAACCAGCCACGAAUACAUCCGACCAGAGUUGACAGAUACCCUCGCUAUCAAGUCAGGACGCCAUCCAAUCCGAGAACAAAUUCAUUCAAGCAAGUUCAUCCCGAACGACGCAUAUGCAACCUCACAAACCCGUUUCCAGAUCGUCACAGGCUGCAACAUGAGCGGCAAAUCCACUUACAUCCGUGCCCUAGCUCUAACAACAAUCAUGGCCCAGAUCGGUUGCUUCGUGCCCGCCCAAUACGCAUCUUUUCCAAUUUCCCACCAACUCUUCGCCCGUGUCGCAACCUCAGACGGUCUCGACGCAAAUGUUUCCACAUUCGCAGCAGAGAUGCGCGAAAUGGCAUUCAUCCUGCGAAAUAUUCAACCGCGUAGCAUGGUGAUCAUCGACGAACUAGGCAGAGGGACCAGCACGACAGAUGGACUCGCCAUCGCAGUCGCCCUAGCCGAAGCUCUCAUCUCAAGCAACGCCCUCGUCUGGUUCGUCACGCACUUCCACGAUCUGGCACAGAUCCUCGCCGACCGCAGCGGCGUCAUAAAUCUUCAUCUAGCAGCAGACAUCGCCUCCGAUGCUUCCAAAAUGACCAUGCAGUACCGAAUCGCCGAAGGCCCCUUCCCAGAUCGUCGAUACGGACUCGUCCUCGCAAAGCUCACAGACCUUCCACCUGCUGUUCUAGAGAAGGCACAAUCCGUCUCAGAGGCAGUAGAUCAGCUCGCUUUGCGCCGAAACAGCUCAUCGCGUGCUGUGGCCAUCGCUCAGAAACGGAAAUUGCUUCUCUCGCUACGGGAACAACUGUUUCUUGCUCGUGAUGGUAACCUGGAUGAUGAUACUCUCCGCUCUGUGCUGAUCAAACUUCAAGAUGACUUUGUGAUGCGCAUGGCUGCCAUUAACCGAGAGAUGGCCAUGUAUCCUGAUCCUGAAAGUGUUCCAGAUUCUGAUGCACGUGCUGGAAAUGUUUCCAAUGCCUCCGCUCAUACACUCGAAGCCCAAGUGCCUGUUUUCAACAAGGAUCACGAGGAGGAUGACGAUACUUGUGCACCCAAACCUAUCAUUAUUGACUCUGGGUCGGAACUCAUGUCCGAGUCUGAUCCGGUCACUGGUAAUGACAGUGAUAGUGUCGUGCUUGUUUCAGCGCACUCCAGCUAG